GCAGUCUUUAAAGUUCCAACAUGGCAAUCAUGUUCUCUACCUCUGCAAUUCUUCUAUCAUUUCUUGCCCUCUUCCUCGCAUUUAAUCUUGCAAAUUCUGAAUCAUUCAUAGGAGUGAACUAUGGACAAGUCGCCGACAACCUGCCACCGCCGUCAGCCACCGCGAAACUACUCCAGUCGACCUCCAUCGAAAAGGUCCGGUUAUACGGAUCCGACCCGGCCAUAAUCAAAGCUCUGGCGAACACCGGGAAAGGAAUCGUGAUCGGAGCUGCGAACGGCGACAUUCCAGCACUUGCCGGCGACCCCAGCUUCGCGAAAAACUGGGUCAGCACGAAUGUUGUUCCUUUCUACCCCGCCAGCAACAUCAUCCUCAUCACUGUUGGCAACGAGGUUAUAACCUCGAACGACCCGAACCUGAUGAACCAGAUGUUGCCGGCGAUACAGAACGUCCAAAACGCCCUCGAUGCUGCUUCUUUGGGUGGGAAAAUCAAGGUCUCUACGGUGCAUUCCAUGGCGGUUCUGAAGAGCUCUGAGCCUCCUUCCGCCGGAAGAUUCGACCCUGGCUUCACCACCGUUUUGCAGGGUCUGUUGUCGUUUAACAACGCCACUGCUUCACCCUUUGCCAUCAACCCUUACCCUUACUUCGCGUACAAAAGCGACCCUGGCAGAGCCGAUAACCUAGCCUUUUGCCUUUUCCAACCCAACUCGGGCCGAGUUGACUCAAACACCAAUAUCAAGUACAUGAAUAUGUUCGAUGCUCAGGUUGAUGCUGUUCGGUCUGCUCUGGAUUCUAUGGGGUUUAAGAAUGUUGAGAUUGUGGUUGCGGAGACUGGGUGGCCCUACAAAGGAGACAGUGAUGAGGUUGGACCAAGUCUUGAGAAUGCUAAGGCUUACAACGGUAAUCUAGUUGCACACCUGCGAUCCAUGGUUGGGACCCCACUGAUGCCAGGGAAAUCAGUGGACACAUACCUCUUUGCCUUGUAUGAUGAAGACUUGAAGCCUGGACCGGCUUCUGAGAGAGCCUUUGGCCUUUUUAACACUGAUCAAUCCAUGGUCUAUGAUGCUGGCCUCUCCAAGCAGCAGAGUCAGGCUAGUACCCCAGUGCCUGUAGUAGCCCCGACUACUCCGGAUGUGUCAAAAUCUCCGUUGACUCCAACAACGCCGAAUAAUAAAGCAACAUGGUGUAUGCCAAAAGCAGGAGUAACAACUGCGCAAUUACAAGCAAGUUUGGAUUAUGCUUGUGGGCAGGGUAUAGAUUGUAGCUCAAUUCAACCAGGAGGAGCUUGUUUUGAACCAAACACAUUAGCAAACCAUGCUGCAUAUGCCGUGAAUCUCUUCUAUCAAACUUCUGGACGAAAUCCAUUGACUUGUGAUUUCUCCCAAACAGCCAUUUUAUCAUCGAACAAUCCAAGUUACAAUAAUUGCGUUUAUCCUGGAGCAAAUGCCUAAACUAAAAAGCAAGAAAGUAAAUAAAGGAGGGCACUUUUUAUUGUUUUAAUUAUUCUCUCUUAAUCGCUAAGGAAUGUUCUGGUUCUGGGAGCUCUCCGAAAUAGAAGAGUGUGCAUGUAUGAAGGAGGAUUUUCCUCUAUUUCUUGUGUUACCUUUUUUUUAAUGUCUCUGUCAGAUGCAAGAUGCUGCAUUGUUUAUGAUGUGUGAACUGUGAAGCGUUUUUUUGGUAUAUUAUGUUGAUUGAUUGAGUCAUCGUUUGAAAUCUUGGGGUCCAUGUAUAUGUACUU